AUGGACUUUUCAGCAAUAGAUGAGCUCGUUGAGCGAGCUCGCAAGAAUGAUAACUUCAGAACGACUGACGCCCUCUACAAAGAGGCGAUAGCCGAAGUCGAAGCCGCCUGCCAGAAUGUCGGAGCCGCAGAAAGGAAACAGUUGCGACAUGUGAUUACCUUGCUUCGUAAAGAACGAAAAGCGAGAGGAAAAGAAGCAGAGAGCAUAAAAGAGUUGUAUGCAGCAAUGCAAUCACUGGAAAGUCCAAUUGAUGCACCUCCAGCUGAUCCGGAUGUCUGGCCUGCACCGCCACCCAAGAGAAGUACCACACAGAACGUUCGUACGAAAUCUACUCCGAGCAAGUCUCGGAUCAAUGAUGGUGGAGAUAAUGUGCCAGUGACAGUGAAAAAGCCGGUGCGGAAAUCAAACAGCCAGAGUGCAAUAGUGGAUAAAAAGUCGAAGCAGAGAGCUCCAAAGGAUGAUGAUCCCAGUGGAUCAUCGGUUCCUGCAAGUGUUAGUGAAGUGACGGAAACACCUGCAGCUGAUGAGAAGCGUACGGACGAGUUUGUUCCCAGAGGAUACUGUCCAGAUUUGGUCGAAGCGAUAGAGCAAACAAUGACUCGAAAUGGAACGGAAGUGUGUUGGGAAGACAUUGCCGGUCUUGAGGGACCGAAAGAAUUGUUCAAACAGACUAUUGUACUUCCAGCCUUGAUGCCAAAUUUCUUCAAAGGAAUCCGUCGACCAUGGCGUGGAGUAUGUAUGGUCGGACCACCAGGCACAGGCAAGACCCUUUUAGCAAAGGCUGUCGCUACUGAAUGUCAGACGACAUUCUUCGCUGUAAAUUGUGGCGAUCUCGCAAGUAAAUGGCGUGGUGAUUCUGAGAAAAUGAUCAAACUUCUAUUUGAAAUGGCACGGCAUUUUGCUCCAUCUACAAUAUUCAUCGAUGAGAUAGAUACCAUUGGAAGUCAACGUGGACAAGCCAAUGAACAUGAAGCUAGCAGGCGGGUGAAGGCGCAGCUCCUCGUAGAAAUGGAUGGGUUCUGCAAAGAAGAAGACGGAAAGCGAGUUCUUGUCUUGGCUGCAACAAAUUUUCCAUGGAUGUUAGACGAAGCUCUACGCCGUAGAUUUGAACAAAGGAUUUACAUUCCGUUACCCGAUAAGCCAGCACGAUUGUCGCUUCUACGUUCGUCUUUGAAAGAGGUCCGGAUAGCUGAUGACGUUGAUCUCGAGACAUUUGCCGAGCAACUGGAAGGAUACUCAGGAGCUGAUAUAACAAAUGUCUGUAGAAAGGCAGCUUUAAUGGGAGUGAAAAGGUUGACACGAACAUUGUCGCCGGCUGAGAUAGCGAAAUUAUCACCAGAAGAAGUUGAUCUUCCCAUAACGUGGCAGGACCUCCAAGAAGCUUUUGGUGAUACAAAUCCAUCCGUAUCAGAUGUGAGUAAGGAACUCUGGCUUGGUCUUAUCAGAAUUGAUUGGGGAUGGGAGUGGGAACAGUAG